AUGGGUCGAGGAGAUCAUAAAGUAAAGUUUUCCUGCAAUCAUCCGUUAGAUUACGUAGAACUGAAGGAGGCCGAAGAUAAUACGUAUACGGAAGCCGAUCCAUCACAUAAUUGCGACGGAUGCGGUGAAGUAGAUGGCUAUGGCUAUUAUUGUGACGUUUGUGAGAUUGGGGCGCAUGUGCAAUGCAUCGACUUUCCAGAGACCAUCAACUAUCCGUGCCACUCCAGACACCCUCUCAAGAAAGUCGUCUCCCUCGAGACAAUUGACUACACAGAUGGCACAUGCCAUUUUUGUAGAGACAAACUUGGUGAGGUCAUGUAUCAUUGUUCCAUAUGUAAUAUCAGCAUAGAUUUAAAUUGUUCAAGAAAGCCGCCACCGGUUACCAUCUAUGAACCAAAGAGUCACAACCAUGCAUUCACCAUCAUGCCGAUAAAGGUCUCCUUCACUUGCAGUGCAUGUGGGAUGGAUGGUGGCCGUAAUCCUUACGUUUGCCUUGAAUGUGGUUUCAUGCUGCACAAACAUUGCAUCUAUCUUCCCCGAGUCAUAGAAAUCAACCGUCAUGACCACCGCAUUUCUCGCACUUAUCAACUCGAUCGUGGCGAUUGGGAAUGCGGAGUUUGUCGCAAGAAGAUGGAUUGGACAUUUGGAGCUUUCUCUUGCCAACGAUGUUCUAAUUAUGCGGUUCAUUCGAGGUGUGCAACAAGGAACGAUGUAUGGGACGGGAUAGAACUCGAAGAUGAGCCUGAAGAGGAAGAAAUUGAAGAUCCAUACGUGGUAAUAAAUGAAAACGAAAUCAUUCAUUUCAGUCACGGACAUCAUCUAAGACUUGGUUGUGAUGAUGUUGUUGUCGACCAUGAAAAGACGCGGUGCAACGCUUGCAUCCGUCCCAUCAGUUCUGAUCCAUUCUUCAAGUGUGUGCAAUGUGAGUUCUUCCUUCAUAAAGCAUGUGCUAGUCUUCCUCGGAAGAAGCGAAAUAUCAUGCACGAGCACAAGCUUACUCUAGAAAUUGGUUAUUUGGGUGGUCGUUUCCGGUGUAAAUAUUGUCUUCAAUUCUUCGAUGGCUUCCAGUACAACUGUUACAAUUCCUGUGGCUCCACUAGUUAUAAGAAAGUUUUACUGGAUGUGCGGUGUGCUUCCAUCUCAGAACCUUUUCACCAUGAACUGCAUCCCCAUCCUUUAUACCGCACCUCGACGGGGAGUAAGAGUUGUGGAGCAUGUGGUAAAGAAUCAGAGUAUGUCCUAAGUUGUAUUGCUUGUGAGUUCGCUUUAAGCAUGGAUUGUGCCACUCUACCAAGAAAAGUGAAACAUAGAUGUGACGAUCAUGUUCUAUCGUUGCAUCAUGGCGCUGGAAACUCGACCGGUCAAUUGUGGUGUGAUAUUUGUGAGGGAAAGACUGAUCCAAGCGUAUGGUUUUAUGGUUGUGAUGAAUGUGGGGUCACUCUCCAUAUUAAGUGUGUUCUUGGAGACAUGUAUCACUUGAAGCCUGGGAACAGGUACAAGAGAGGUGAACUAGUUUACAACGAUGGUAUGACUAGACCUUAUUGCGAGGUUUGUGAAAAACAUUGCAUGUACCCUGUCUUUCUCAAGGGUAUUGAUGAAAUAGAUUCAACUAUUUUAUACGCUUGUUCAUUGGAGUGCGCGGGAGAAGGCUGGCACCCGUGGGUCACGUGGGGCGAUCGUUAUCUGAAAAGAAACAAUGAGGAUGUCCACUGGAAUAAUGAUAAUAAAACAUGA